AUUCCCGGGAAUGCCACUAUGAAUGACGAUUACAGAUCAAACAGCAGUGGUGUGAUUUAGCCAGAACCGAAAAAAAAAAAAUCGGAUAUUAUUAUUUUCGUUACUGUUUUGUUAUGGUUGUAUAGUAACCGAGCAUACCGAAAUACACAAUCCGACUUAUUACAAACUCGAAUGCAAAACGGAUAUAUUGUAUAAUAUUUUUAUAAUAUUUUUUCGUACUUGCUUGUUCAUUGUUUAACUGUUUCGUCAAAAUGCAAAACAGUAGUGGAGUUUCAGAACUGAAAAUGAGCAGCGAGGAUUCCAGAGCCGUUGAAAUGGCCAAGCGAGACUCGUUGACAAUUACAAAGUAUGCAGCUCACAUAGGAUUCAGUUUCGCCGAACGUUACUACACAGUAAUGCGUACUACCCCAGAGUACGCGAACGAAUUCUAUGAUGAGCAUGGCGAAUACCAAACUAUCUACGAGAAUGGCUCGGCCGUCGUCGCAAGAAACCGGUCAGAGGUAAAACGUAUUUUAAUUCAGCCCGUGUCCGCGACACAUUUAAUCGUCAACUCCAUUGUUUCGGUUCCCUGUGGUGGAACUUUUGAUCGUCUACUAGUCACCGUCACAGGUAAGCGGUUCGUUCACGUUUUUGUAGCGGAAUACCGCCCAGAGCGAAUGUUAGGUUAUGUUAUUGUGGGAUCUCUAUUUCGGUAUGUUUCUGCCGAACCUGCAGCCCCUGAUCAAACGACUACUGGAACGAAAUGCGCUACAGCUGUUUGUCAUCCAGUCACUGGUGUCAAUCAUACACCGAGUGCAAGCUUAAAAGCAAAGACACCCGUUAACUUUUCGCCAAACUUAGUUGAGCACAACAAACCACUCCCCGAUACCAUUACCGAUUACGCACCGACCGCAGGUUUUAAAGCAACUCAAAAAAUAAGAUGUUCACCAAAUGUAGCCGUCUAUCACAAACCGCUUUCCGAUACUGCUAUCGAUGACAUACCGACCGCAAGUUUCAAAGAAACUCAAAAAAUAAGAUGUCCACCAAAUGUAGCCAUCUAUCACAAGCCGCUUCCCGAUACCAUUACCGAUUACGCACCGACCGCAGGUUUUAAAGCAACUCAAAAAAUAAGAUGUUCAUCAAAUGUAGCCAUCUAUCACAAACCGCUUCCCGAUACUGCUAUCGAUGAUAUACCGACCAGAGGUUUUAACGCAACUCAAAAAAUAAGAUGUCCACCAAAUGUAGCCAUCUAUCACAAACCGCUUCCGGAUACUGCUAUCGAUGACAUACCGACCGCAGGUUUCAACGCUACUCAAAAAAUAAGAUGUUCACCAAAUGGAGCCAUCUAUCACAAACCUCAUCCCAAUACUGUUAUCGAUGACAAAUCGACCGCAGGUUUCAACGCAACUCAAAAAAUAAGAUGUUCACCAAAUAGAGCCAUUUAUCACAAACCGCUUCUCGAUACUGCUAUCAAUGACAUACCGACGGCAAGUUUCAAAGAAACUCAAAAAAUAAGAUGUCCACCAAAUGUAGCCAUCUAUCACAAACCGCUUCCGGAUACUGCUAUCGAUGACAUACCGACCGCAGGUUUCAACGCAACUCAAAAAAUAAGAUGUUCACCAAAUGGAGCCAUCUAUCACAAACCGCUUCCCGAAACUAACAGCACGAAAACAGUUAUUGCUAAAGAAAAGUCGCUCAUCAGUAUCUUAAAACGCAUACCACCUCCUCCCAAAAUAGCAACUUUCCACGAACCCUCAUCUUGGAAUACCGGUACUGGUAAUACACAUCCACAUCACACUACCAGAAACCGAUCACCUAUUAGAAUCUCAAACCACGUACCCAAUCCUGCCACUUUCGGUCAACAAUUUCCGAUUUCUUUUAAUCACCAAGUUCCCUUAGGUGUAUUUCAGCCAAUAGGAAAUGUACCUCUACAUACAAGGUUACCGUAUGCAGCUCCGAAUUUUCCACUUACCAUCAAUGGUGAGCCGCACCAACAAUGGGCGGGCACCCAAUUUCAGCACCAAAUAUUCCAUUUACCAUCAGAAGUUGGUCACACUAACAACUGAUGAAUACCGACACAAUUAUUUCGAUUUGAAUAAUUAGAUUCGGUAUAUCCUCGGUUUAUCGAAUCACUAAUAAAAUUUAAGUUAAUAUGUAUAUUUCAAUUUUCUCUAAGUAUACCAAUCUUCGUUCAGUUUGACUUUUAUUUUGUUGUGUUUCUGCUUGUCGAUCGUAGAUUUUCCA